AUAAGACCCCUCUUCUUUCCUCGAGGAUUUAAGUCUCAAUAUUAAAUCCUCGUUCCAUAGCUCGUCACUCUUAACAGAAGAAAAAAAAAAGGUCGUAACUUAUCGAAGAUGGGAUCUCCAGUACCUUGCAUUUACAGAGUGCCAAGGGCAAUUCGUAAAGCGAAUCCCCGAGCCUAUACACCUCAGAUUGUCCUCAUCGGCCCGCUUCAUCGUUCUUCCAAAUUGAUGCCGGUAUCUUCUAAGGACGACGACACUGGUGAAACGAGUAGGGAAAUAAAGCAUUUGAAAAAAAAAAAAGGAAAAAAAUUUAAGCCAAUGGAGAUCGAAAAGAUGACGUACUUCGACGCUUUCAGCAAAAGACUCAAGAACGAAACUAUUGAGGAAAUGAAGCAAACCAUUUAUGUGGAAGAAGAACGUAUUAAGGAAAGCUAUAAGGAGAAGGAUACAAUCGACAGCAUGACAUCUGAUUUUUUCGUGGACCUUAUCCAUCAGGAUUCAAUAUUCAUCAUGGAGUUCAUUAUGGAACUUCAUGAUGGUCGUGGAAGUUCAAAUAGUCCGAUCGUGAACCACCAUAUCGACAGUUCAAAAGUGAUAGCAGAUCUCAUGUUGCUGGAAAAUCAACUUCCCUAUUUCAUUUUGGAUAAACUGUUCAGUCCUCAUUUGACGGAAUUGGGUAUAAAUGAGCAUGAGACGCUCGAGGGACUCAUCCUGGAAUUAUUUUCCCUGCAAACGAAGAUAAAAAAAAAUACAGAGUUCAAGCAUUUCACAGACAUGUUCCGAUGUGUUUAUGAGGAAUCACUUGACAAAACUCCAAGUCUGACCGCCGUAAGUGGGCCACCUAUCGCCGAGAUGCAGAACGCGGGUAACCUAUCCCGCGUAGGAGUGGAAUUCAAGGCGUACAAUCUCUCGAAUUUCUCUCAACACCAGUAUCAACAGCCGUUGGACUUGUUAUCGCUUCCGAUCUCCAUCAGAAAGGAGGCUGACAAUAAUUAUUCGCUGCAUGUGGCGUUUAAGAAAAGUUGCUUACAAAAUUAAAGGUUGGUCUGAAUGAAGCGGCCCCCUCCCAAUAUUCUGGCAUAGCCAUAAAUCUCAGAGCUCGCUAUAAAUCUCGACGAAAAAGGUGUUGGGCCACUCUCAGCAAAGUCUAUUUUAAAGACUUGUGGACCGGAACAGCUACGCUUGCCGCCGUACUUCUCUUGUUUUUGACUCUGGUUGGGACGGUGGCUUCCGUCAUCCAAGCUUACAAAAGCAAAUAACUACAUAUGCUUUUAUCCUAUAAACUUGUUUCCAAGUUUCUUUUGCAUUAUUUGUUAUCGGCUUUCAUCAUAUUUGAUUACUAAUAUACUAUUUAUCUGUUUUCUUUAUUUUUGCAUAUUUGAUUCCGUCUUGAAUUUA